AUGUCUUCACUUUCUUACUCCCAACUUAUGUCUAGCAAGAGAAAGCGUGGUGCUGAUGCAGAAACUGUAAGCUCUAACGGAGAAGAGCAUGCAUCGGCAAUGGAUAUUGAUAUAAAUGAUAGUAAAAAGUCAAGGCUAGAUCAACAGGAGUCGUCUCCUCCAUCUUGUGUCAUCCAUAUUCGAGGUCUUCCUGUGGAUGCAACCGAAAUGGACGUAACUCUACUCCCCAUCCCUUUCGGCUACCAAAAAAAUAUGGUUCUGUCGAAGCGAAACAGUCAAGCUUUAAUUGAAAUGGAGUCACUCGAUAGUGCAGUCACUAUGGUCAAUUACUACAAGCAGUAUCCGGCUGGCUUACAUGGUCGUCAGUUGGUACUCCAAUACUCAAAGCAUUCUCAUUUGGAGUUGAAAGCUGAAAACACAAUGAUGACCCAAGCCAUUAUUCGUGCUAACCAGGUUGUUCAACAAGAUCUCCCUGGAGUUAAUACGGGAACUCCAAAUACUGUUCUUCGAAUCCUCAUUGAAGAUAUCAUGGAUCAGCAAAUUAAUCAUAUAAUUAUUUACAAGAUCUUUCAUAGGUUUGGGAAGAUUUUGCGCGUUAUUAUUUUUCUAAAACACGAUCAUUAUCAAGGAUUUAUCGAAUUUGAGAACCAUAUCCAGGCGUUUGUUGCCAUGUUGCAUUUAAAUCGCCAAAAUAUUUAUACGGGUUGUUGCACCCUAACGGUUGAAUUUUCUAAAAAUCGUGGUCCAUUGGAGAUACGUCAGGAGAGUCAAAAGUGUCGUGACUACGUUCUCAAUCCUUUAACUGAGGAAGAACAGAUGAAUCUUCGUCGCUUACCUGCUGCAGGAAUGUCCCAUGGUAAUGGUGGGAGCCAUAGUGGUCAUGGUGGUCAUUCUGCCUUUGCACCGAAUUCUGUUGUUGCUGCAGCAAUGUCUCAAUUUGCUAAUGUUACAGGUAGUCCAACUGUCCUGCAUCCUCAUCAACAAACACCCACCGCUAUGGCUUCUCCGUGGAUGGGCGCGGUAUCAAAUAACAACGCCUGUAGAAUGAAUGAUAUGACGUCGCAGAUUAUGGCUGUCGCGCAGAGUGCAGGCAUCCAACUCACUCCAGCCGCGGCUGCUGCUACUGCUAGUUUCAUGUCACUCUCUGCUCAAGGUGGAGGGUUUCCCAAUGCGGCAGGGGGUCCGGCAAUUAAUCCUACUUUGGCUAACCUUUUGACCUUUUCUGCACUUUCUGGUGGUGGUGCUACUGCUAAUCAAGGCAAUGCAGGUUCCGGUUCACGUAGUGGUGGUGGAGGAAGUGCUGGCAACGGGUCCUACUCCGGCACUGGUUCUCUCCAAAAAAUCAAUGCAGCUCAAGUUGCUGCUGCGGCUGCUCAAUCUUCAUCUCUGGGUUUACGUUUGCCUAUCAACAAUAAUGGGAGUACUGUCCUCAUCGUCUCUAAUCUCAAUGAAGAGCGAGUGUAUCCGGAUGCCUUAUUUACCUUGUUUGGCGUCUACGGCGAUGUUAUGCGCGUAAAAAUCAUGUUUAACAAGAAGGAUACCGCUCUGAUUCAAUUCAAUGACCCCCAACAGACUGUUCUAGCCAUGCAGUUCCUGAAUCAAAAGAUGCUCUGGGGGCAGCCUAUGAAGAUUGCAAUUUCACGUCAUAACUACGUACAAUUGCCAAAAGAAGAUAAGGAUAAUCAUUUGACAAAGGACUACUCCAGUAGUCUACUUCACAGAUUUAGAAAACCUAAUUCAAAGAAUUACCAAAAUAUCUAUCCACCAAGCAACGUUCUCCAUCUUAGCAAUAUUCCCCCGAGUGUUACUGAAGAUGAUGUCCGAACCCUCUUCCGUUCGAAGGGCUUCGAAGUUGUGGGAUUCCGUUUUAUGCAGAAAGAUAACAAGAUGGCUCUUGUGCAGUUGGAAAGCGUUGAGGGAGCAAUGGAAGCACUUAUUGCUCUUCACAACACCCAACUGAGUGAGAAUUCGCACCUACGUAUCAGCUUUAGUAAAUCCGCCCUAUAG